UGACCAUUUGCUUGUUGCCUAAGCCCUUAGUUCGUUGGUUCCUGGAGAGUUCCUUCAUACACACUUCAGAAGUAGAUACUUGUCACUGAGCUCUUCUGCUCAAAGCUGAGACAACAAUGGAGCUUCCUCACUUCAACGGACCCACGCAUCCGGACCUCCCUCUAAGACUGGGGUAUUUGAACGGUGACAAUUCAGACCCCCACUACAACAACAACCCUGCGCUUGCUGAGCUGAACCACUGGGACAUCGCCACGAACGAUAUUGAUUGGAACUUGAUUCCUCCUCCCUACCCCUUGCCCGACUACGACAACCCCAUGAAGAAACAGAAACAAAGUAGCAUCAGCGCUGUCGCUAGGGAGCGCGAUAGUCUUCAUCUGGAAUCUGCGUCUACCUCGGCCUCGUCGCAUUCUGAGACGCGACAUGGACCAGUUUUCAUCGACCUUACCGAGGAAGACGCGUUGCUGACACAGAUCUUGGACAUCUUUCCGGAUAUCAGCCAUCAAUAUGUGGAAGAGCUAAUCGAUCGCCACAGAGGCUCUCAUGGGCAGCCAAGAUUGAUCGAACAGGGGUUAUUGAAGGAGAAUGUUGUCGACGAGAUUGUACAGCAAACUGACUAUCCCAAGCAGGACAAGGUCAAGAAGAGGAAGAUUGCAGAAACGGAAGAAGAUGACAAGGAAUGGAUGGCCAAUAUGCCUGAGCGAGGCGGUCGUCUAUAUCUUCAGCUGGCUACUCAACUUCUAUGCAAGGAAUUUCUCUGGACUCCAUUACAUCAUAUUCGACAAGUCAUGAACGAGAAAAAAGAGCUCUUUUCUGCGUUCCUGACACUGCAUUCUCAAGAGCAUCGACACACAAACGAGUACACAAGGUUGAAGGCCAAAAGGACAAUCAAUGUUAGACCAGACGAUGAGGGUCCUAUCGCUGAGAACCUGAAUCAGGAACUGAGAGCCGCCAAGAAGAGGGCUGAAAAGGAAGAUGGUGAGUGGCACGGUUUUGAGAAUCAAAGCCCCAUGGCUGACCAGCGUAUCGCCUGUCAAGCCAUUUUUCGCAAGCAGAAGGAGGAUCAGGAGGCCGAGGUACGAAAUGAGGAGGAACAUAAUCGAACCGGGAACCUCGUCGAAUGCCAGUGCUGUUACCUCGAUGUCCCAGCGAAUAGAUCGCUCCCUUGUGAAGGAGACUAUGUUCAUUUCUUUUGCUUCGCAUGCAUCCGGAAGUCUGCGGAGACUCAAAUUGGGCUUAUGAAGUACCAGUUGCAAUGCUUUGACACCAGUGGCUGUCAAGCAAAAUUUGCACGCGCACGGCUAGAAGAAGCGCUAGGGUCGAAUAUGAUGGAAAAGCUUGACUCUCUUCAGCAGCAGGAUGAGAUUGAAAAAGCUGGUCUGGAUGGCCUUGAAGGUUGUCCGUUCUGCGAUUUCAAGGCCAUCUGUCCGCCCGUGGAAGAGGACCGCGAAUUCAGGUGCCGAAACCCCGCGUGUGAGCUGAUCAGUUGCCGUUUAUGUCAAAAUGAGAGCCAUAUCCCGAAGACUUGCCAUGAAGCCAAGAAAGAAAGGGGGCUCCCCGAGCGCCACUUGGUCGAAGAGGCAAUGAGUGAGGCUCUGAUUCGAAACUGCCCUAGAUGCAAGGUGAAGAUUAUCAAAGAGCUCGGGUGCAAUAAAAUGAUCUGCUCCAAGUGUAACUGUGCGAUGUGCUAUGUCUGUAAGCAAGACAUUAGCCAGGAGCAGUACAAUCACUUUGGGCGCCCUCCGACAAAUUGUCGUACCCACGACGAACCGGCAGAAAACCGCUCAUUGAAAGAGAUUGAGCAAGCCCAGAAUACAACUAUCCGGACCUUACUGGCACAAAACCCCGAACUGACGGAAGAAGAAUUGCGGGUGCAUAAUGACAAAGAGAAAAAGUCGGCCUCGAACCUGCGCCCCAAUAAUUUUCCCCGCGCGGAGUUAUAUCAAAACCGGCUCUGGGGAAAUGCGGGCCAUCCCCAGGUUGCGCAAGACCCCCGCCAACGAAUAGUCAACCUACCUACAAGGUCAGGUAUGCAACGGAAUGCGCAGAUGGAUCUAGUCCAUGAUCAACCUUUUCGGACCAUGAACUAUCCACCCAUGCCUCCACCCCUGGGUGCCGGCGAUCGUCUUUAUGGACAGGGCUACAACUAUCCAGAGGCCCAACUGGCAGGAAAUCAGUUUGGGAGAGCGCGUGAAAACCAAGGGAAUCUACCUGUGGGAGGUUUCCGUCGAGAUCUGAAUCCUGGUGCCCUGCCGGGUCACGCACCGCCUGCAGAUAGAAUGCGCCCCGAAACGCAGAUUCUUGCCGACUAUUAUGGGUUUCAUAUGCGACCCGAUAAUUACGAUGGAAACUACCCGCUGCCCUGAAUUGGGCUACAGUUCGGCGCAGAAGAGAGCAUCUGAAACGAAACGAUACGCCUUGGAUCGAGGUGGCGUAUGCGGUAUUGAUAUCGUGUGUCGUUUUCAUAUCUUCCCGAUUUGAUUUCCGUGUGGUUUCCUUUCCCUCGGGCUCAGCAUCUGGUAAUCCCCCAUCUUUUGUCCUUCUGGGUAAGAACACAUCCUAGCUAUUCAGCGUUGCGCACCAAUUUCAUCUCAUGCCAGAUAGUCCGACAGCGAUACCCUUAUUUUUGAUGAGCA